CGUUGUGUAAUAUUAAAUUGACUUAUAUUUUAUAAUUUUCUAGAUCGAUUUAUGGAUCUAUUCUGUAAAAAUGCUCUAUAACGCUGUAUUUCUAUAAGCUAUGUAGCAUUGUAGAAUAAAAAAGAAAGAGCUACAGAGUUACAGAGCUUACAGAGCGAAAAUUUUCUUAUCGAAUAUACGACUUAUUUAUUGAUGUUAGUAGCUCGAUUUAUUGGCUAUUAAAGACUCGAUUAUAAAUUGACAUUGAAUUUAAAUUUGAAGUAGACUGAAGUAGACUUCAGACUAGUAGUAGUCUUUCUUCUCAGUUCUUCGUCAGUGAUAGUCAACUAACAUUAUUGGCUAUUAGAGACUCGAUUAUAAAUUGAUAUUGAAUCUAAAUUUGAAGUAGACUUCAGACUAGUAGUAGUCUUUCUUCUCAGUUCUUCGUCAGUGAUAGUCAACUAACAAUCGACUUGUUAUCUGACCAGUUUAUUGAUAAACGUUAAGAAAUAUAAACGAAGAAUGGAUAUAAAUAUUAUACGUUACGUUUUUAUUGCACUUGCAUCGAUUAUAGUAUUAUGUGGAUUACUAUCUAAGUAUAUACAUGCUUAUUUACCUCUAACGAUAACAGAUAUUCACUAUAGCAAGUAUGCUACUGCAACGAUGCAUAAUACGAUAUUAACGUGUCUAAUAAAUAUUAAUGUGCCUAAAAAAUGGUUUAAACAUUUUUAUAUUUUUUCUGGACCAACAUCGACUGUUACACUUUGUUUAAUUGCUUAUAAAUACCUGUUUAAUGGGAAUAUACCUGAAAUUGUAUUUACAUUAUUGGAUAUGUUAUUAGGAGCAUCCAGAAAACCUUUAAUACCAGCAGAAAAUGUAAUUCUAGCCAUCAUUAUAUUAAAUAUACAAUGUUGGAAAAGAGUUUACGAGACACUUUAUGUUAGUGUGUUUAGCGAUCAAAAAAUGAAUUUGAGCACUUAUUUCAUUGGCUUUAUACAUUAUGCAGGAAUAUUCCUGUGUAUUAUAGGCGAAUCUAAAGGAUUUGAUAAAGAUUCGCAUGCAAGUUUACUCUUGCACAAAUUAACAAUUAUAGAAUUAAUCUGUAUGCUUAUAUGUUUAUGGUCAUCAUAUGUACAACUUAAAAGUAAUUUUAUUCUUGCGGGAUUACGUAAGAAUCAACACGGCGAUGUUGUAACUAAAGAGCACAAGAUACCAUUUGGUGGAUUAUUCGAAUAUACAUCAAAUCCAUUGCAAUUUACAGAAAUAAUUAUAUAUAUAAUGUUAUCCGUAAUUCUUUGGCAAGCUUCUACAUUCCACUACAUCACUAUUUGGGUUAUAAUAAAUCAGUUGGGAUGUGCAAUUUUGUCUCAUGAGUGGUAUCAUAAAACUUUCAAAAAUUAUCCAAAAGAAAGGAAGAUUUUAAUUCCUUAUAUCUGGUAGGAGAAGAGAAACUAAGCAUUUAUAUUAUUUCCUGAAGACAACAUGUCAAUUCAUAAAUGAUGUAUAUAUAUAUAUACUCACACACAUCAUAUUAUUUAUUAGUAAAUAGUAUGCACACUAAAUUAAAAGGUUCAAUAAAUUUUCAUCACUGCAUU